UUCUUUAAUUAAGAAAGCACAACGUGUUACACGUAAUUUUUUUUUUUUUGCAUUAAAAAUAACAAAUAGCCCACGCAUAUCUUGAUUUGACUUCUUGUCUUCCAUUACCUACCUCCAUGGAAGAUGAAAUCAGAGCCCCUCUCUUGGCUGAAAAGAAAAAAGAAGAUGCAUCUUCAUCUUUAGGAAAUAUUUUCUUGUUUUGACUUGUUGUUUUCCAUUCUCUACCUCCAUGGAAGACGAAAUCAGAUCCCCUCUCCUGGCUGAAAAUGAAAAAGAAGAUGCAUCUUCAUCUUCAUCAUCUUCGUCGUCGAAGUCGGAGCUGGAGAUUGAUCCAGAAGAAAACUCGCCGAUCAAGCAAGUAGCGAUGACGGUUCCAACCACCGACGAGCCAUCGAUGCCAGCCCUGACGUUUCGUAUGUGGGUAUUAGGGAGCCUGUCGUGCGUGGUCCUAUCUUUUCUGAACCAGUUCUUCUGGUACCGGAAAGAGCCACUGUCGAUCACGGCCAUCUCCGCUCAGAUUGCGGUGGUUCCUCUUGGCCACCUGAUGGCUGCAAAGAUAACAAAGCGGGUGUUCUUUAAGGGAAAGCAAUGGGAGUUCACGUUGAACCCAGGUCCCUUCAAUGUGAAAGAACAUGUUCUUAUCACCAUUUUUGCAAAUUCUGGUGCAGGCAGCGUGUACGCAAUUCAUAUAGUUACUGUUAUCAAAGUCUUCUAUAAACAGCAUAUCACCUUCUUCGUCUCCCUGAUUGUUAUCAUCACUACACAGGUGCUGGGGUUUGGUUGGGCCGGGAUAUUUAGGAGGUACCUGGUGGAACCAGCAGCCAUGUGGUGGCCGGCAAAUCUUGUGCAAGUAUCUUUGUUCAGGAUUUGACAACUAACAAAAUAUUGAGGAAGGGAACAAUAAUGAAGGGCCUAUACACCCUGAGUGAAGACAUAAACUCUAACAAAGCAUGCACCAUCCACACCCAAAAAAACAACCUACAACUAUGGCACAAAAGAUUCGGCCACACAUCCACAAAAAAAUUGAUCCACAUCCCCAGUCUAAAGUUACCAGGCAGUGCAACUUUACAUGAUUGUGAAAUAUGCCCCGUGGCAAAACAACAGCGUUUGUCUUUCCCUAAAAGUUUCAUUAAUACCAGUGACAUUUUUAGUUUAAUACAUGUUGAUCUUUGGGGACCAUACCCGGUCAAUUGUAUUUUUGGUGCACUCUACUUUUUAACCAUAGUUGAUGAUUUCUUAAGAGCCACUUGGGAUUUAUUUAUUAAAAGAGAAAACGAGUGUAUCAGAUACCUUAAAAAUAUUUUUGCAAUCUAAUAGAAAGACCAAUUUCAGAAAACAAUCAGAAUAAUUAGGGACAAAACAAACGCACUGA